GCUGCUGCUGCUGCUGCUGCUGCUGCUAGCUCUCUAUUGAUGGAUUGCCGUGGUGCGGCGUUCUGCUAGCGCACUGCUGUUGUCUGCAUAGGGAUGUUGUCGGCGGAUGGCGAUAUACGUACAUCGAUGUAAUGCUAAUGAACAAUGAUCAUCGCUGCCACAAGCCCCUCCUCCGCCGCUGGUGUCUGCCUGGGUUGUGCUGUGUUAUGGUCUUGCUGUGCUGUGUUGUGCCGUGCUGCGCGCUGCUGGAGGUGCAGCAUUUUCUGCUGUUAGCCCAGUGUAGUGCUGCUGGUAUUCUUACAGCAGUUAUCGGGUAAGCAGAUACGGUCUUCUUUGCUGCUGCUGCUGCUGCUGUUCGACGAGAAACAGCAGCACCGGGUCGUAACAGCAACAAACCGAGAGCCCCGCUGUGGGUUGCUUGUUGUUAACUCAGUUGAUGGCGCUACUGCUGUGAACGUUGCUGUGGAUGCGGUACUGAAGUCCGUACAACGGCGGACGACGUCCCGAUGGCUUCUUCGUCCGCUGCUACUGCGGCCCCGCCGCUCCGGUUGUUAGUUGCUUUUGCUGUUCGAGUUGCUGUUGGCUAUUCGAUUGCUUAGGAAUAGGUGACACCAAAAUACGUGCUGUUGUAACAGGUAUUGCUGUGGCUUCGCUGCUGCGGUCGCUCCGAAGAGUUCUGCUGCUGUGGGUUGAGUCGCAGCAGAUAAUGUGACGGGAAAGACGAGGGACGACAACCACCACAGCAGAAUUGUAGUGCGAGCACAGAGAGGCAGCAGUAGACCGUUUACCAAGGGGAAAAAUGUGUUUUUUCUUGGUUUUUUGAUUAGGCAAACACCUUUUCCUGGAAUAAUAACGGUGAUCGUGACUGUUACACGCAAGUGUCUUUAUUGACAACAGAGUGGGGCUGGUGCCGACGUGUUGUGAGAUGCCGCCGUGAACUCAGCCAACGGCAAAUAAAACAAUCAAAAAACAAAAAAUUUAGACAUUCGGAUUCUGUACUACUACUUCACUGCUUGGAAAUAACGAUUGGCAGGUUUACUGAUGCCGAUCACAGUGAUGGCGGUCUAUAGGUGAUCAAGCGUUCUGCAUAGUGUGCUAGAGUCCUGCAAGAAGUUGUUGACAUUCAUCGACACGAAGAUUCCUCUUCCAUCUUAAGCAAUUCGGUCGAAGGCAAGAGUCGAGACGAUAGACGCCAUUAAGUCUGUGUUCGCUUUCCAUCUGUCGUAUUCUCAACGAAAAGAUAUAAUGCGAGUCCGUUUAUUUGGUACUCUUGCUUUUCCCUAAUGGGUCACUGCUGUCCACUGUUUCAGAUGCUUCAGAUAUAGAGGCUGUGUGAAGUUAAACAAGCGGUAACAACACCCUGUUUGUGGUUGAAUUAAACGUAUCACCUAUAUAAUAAUUUUCAGUUCUUAACAGCUGUGGACCGGCCGUAUGAAGCGUAUGAAAAUAGACGGAUCUGUCCAGCGCAACACUUCCCAGCGACGCAAGUUGCACUGCCUGUAGCCACUGGUUAGUCCAUAGCUAAUUAAGCCAUCGCACCCUGACACUUAGUCACCCAACGAACGUAGUUGAGCUGGGGAGCUGAUUGUUAAACGGGUCGGUAGUACGUAGCAUUCGAUUGCGUACCAUAUCGUGUCUUUUAUCAGCGUGCCGAACCGGACGAAUAGCGUCGAACAAAUGUACCUGCCGCCGCAGCAACAGUAUUUCAACAGUUUUCUUACUUUCUGGCACAGGGAAAGCUCAACAUGAAUAUAAUCGUAGUGAAGUUACGGACAGUAACGGUAGUGGUCAACAAUCACCGUUACUACCGUCGCCGUCAUUAACUUUGGUGCUGUUGUGAAUGUACAGCAGUGUGUACAUAGACUCGAUUUGUGUAUUUGUCUUUGUGUGUGUGCGUGUGCGUGUGUGUGUGUGUGUGUGUGUGUGUGUGUGCGUGUGGUUGUGAUGAACAAGACGAUUAGAAAUAGUCUGUUGACAGGAAACAUCGUCAAGUGAAGUUCGCAUACGAAUUACGCCAAAUUAGCGUAGCAAACUUGUUGCCCCAUUGCUGUUCGUCACCAUUCGACCAGUUAAGCUUUACGGCUGUCAUCCGAUGAUACAGUCCUAUUACGGCGUCUACAGGUAGUCGGUCGUUUGCGUCACAACGAGCCUUUUACUCGUGUUUCGUUCAUGUCACACAUUUCGUGUGUUGUGCAGUGCUGUGAUUUUGAUGAUUACCGCUGAGUUCGAACGAUCCAAUUCAGAAUCGUGACUAAACAUAGCGCUUUGAAUCUACCAGCUGUCUCCGCUGUGGUGUUUUGUGGUACACGUAGUUUUACCUGGGAGCCUGUGUCCGUCCGUAUGAUAACAACGCUAGUAACGUCCGUUGAAUCUUAGACUCGUUACUCACGCCGUCUGUCGCUCUGCAGAUAACAAUUAGUAGAGGUGAAACCAAACAGCUAUUGCCACAUCUACUUCUACAACUCGUAUUUGUGCACUCGAAGCGCGUCCCCUGCAGCAUUUAGCAACCAAUAGCGAUUUUCCAGGUCAACGAGCCAAUUACUUCUACCAGCCGGAGCUACUGUGGCGACAUUAGAACGACCAGCUGAUGGCUGAUCUAGCAGAGAUCCGAGUGCAAGGAGGUAACGCCCCCAUCGUCGAUCCUACAACAACGCGAGCAGCUACUACUGACAAUUCCAUCGUAUUGUGCUAACAAUAGAUUGAGUUGCGUAUGCGUAAAUGCAACACCAAAACAAUUUAGUCGUCAGCAACGGCGACCAUUAUACCCCUGCGGUGCGACGAGACCAACAAAUUCCACGUAUAUAUAUAACCCUGUCCGCUCGUCGUUCAACCAGUCGAUCUGGGUCGAGCGAUUAAUGGGCGCCGUUAGUUGCGCAGCACUAGAAUGUUUGGAGAUCAACGCUAGCACAAACCUCCUUGUCGGAUCUCCACCCUGCCUGUCUGUGUUUUUGUGCGCGCGCGUUUGAGACCAUCCGUAGUAUCUGCUACCGGUAUCAUCAGUUUAACGCAUGCGUGCGUCCGGUUCGCUGAUAGCUUGAUUAGUUAACUGUGUACGCGUUGUGUUGUGUAAAUUGUAAAGUCGCCGCGAUUCCUACCUCAAUGAGGAGAAGGCACACCGCAGAACCAUUAUCCAGGACGGUUUCUGCCGUUGUGUAAACAUUGUGACUUUUCUAAGUACAUAUACAAUAGAAGGAUAUCGUAUAUACAAUACAUGUCUGUAAUGCGGUCAUGGCCCUCCAGGACGGAGGCUGGAAUAGACCUCACCUGAUCGCUGCCAUAGCUACCAUCGUAGCACCUAUCUAUUCAGAACGACCGAAAGGACCUAAUCGCUGCUGCUAUUUGGACAGACGUAUCCAAGAGUUCUUACAUGAGAGAAUGAGCCGCGAGUGCUGGGAUUCCGCUGUUGUUGUUGUUGCUGCUGCUGCCGCCGCUGUCGCUGAUGCCAACCGUGUGUUAGAGCCUACACUGCAUUAUCCGGUCACAAUUUACCACACGUUCAUUCCAGUGCGCAACAGCGACGCCGCUGCUGCAGCCUGCGCCCCCGCAAACAACUCUUCUGCUAGAACAGUCGUAUGCGACGAGCACACUUUCGCUGUCGGCGACUGCUGGGAGCUGUUGUUUUUGGAUCGCGACUCGGGCUCGUGGUAGCAGCUGCCAGCGAUUGUGUUGCCCGGAUCGCAGUUAAGGGGUUAGGGGAAUCUAUGCCCCGGCCCCUACCUGCGCUUCCGGGGGCAUCCGAGCCCCCGGAGCGCGAGCGGCCUAACUCGGCCGCGUCGAACACGUCCCAUCCGAAGGAGUACCGGAUGAUGGCGCUCCAGCAAAUUCGCAACAGUCUCGAGCCGUUCGCCAACCAACAGGAGCAACUGCAGAUUCAUCAUCAUAUGCAAGUUGGCGUUGGGGUUCCAGGAGUUGGACAGGGUCAGCCGCAUCAACAGUCAUCCCAACAUCAUCUGCACUCCGUGAAACGAAGCGAAAUGAGCUCCGCCUCAUCAACGGCCUCGGAAUCGAGCUAUGGAUAUUCGGCCUUCAGUGCGUUGCCUCAGAAAACACCAGUUCGACCACCGGAAAUUGUACAGCGUUCACAUUCAUGCGGUCCUCGUAAACCUCCAGCGCGUCUUCCGCCGGAACAGCCGUCUCAAUCAGACGAGCGACUUUCAAGUCUUACCAAUGGAGCGGCGGCGUUUCAGCAGCAGCGUGCGGCUAACCAGAGCGCUCUACUCGGACUUAAGGCUCUUCGACUCGCGUCGGUGACGCCUGAUCCAACUGGUACCCCGUUAUGGGAGAAAUUACCCGUUACGGUACCAAACUGCGCUACAACAUCGAGUAGCGCCAAUAGCGCAGCAAGCGACAGUGGCGUGGAGUCAUCGCCUUCGACCCGUAGCAUCCUUCCAGAUCCUCCAAGAUUGCUGCAGACGCCCGAAUAUUAUCAGCCGCCGGCGCCUGUGCUUUAUCCAAAGAAUGUCCCCUCGGGUGAGCCGCCUCCGCCUCCACCCCCGCGGCCGGACCGUCAUCCCGGACCCGCUCAUCCGGCACCCCCGCCUAUUCAAGGUCCAAAACCUCAAGCGGCGGUUGCCAAGAAGUAUGCAAGCCACAGCAAUCACGGUCAUCAGAUGGCCGUUGCCGGCGCUGCUGCAAGUGUUCAAUCGGGAGGCGUGCCUCAACGGGAGCCGCCGCCUCCCUACACAAUAUAUUCCCCGCCAAGCAUAUCCUCAACGUACUCGGCACUUUCGUACGCCAGCUCAUCUUCCGGUGGUCGACUAUCUCCGACUAAUACGGGUUCGUCAUCGGAGUGCUCGAUACCGAUUUUGCCACGACGGACACCUCCACCAAACCCCCCAAUUUCUGUUUCACCGCAACCUUCAGUUGCUUCGCUUGGCUCCAGCAUAAGUUUGUCAAGCUCGACAUUAUCCUGUCCAUCAAAGCCGGCUGCCAACGGGGCUUCAGGCGGCCACUGUCUGCAGGCCGUUCCUCCGCCUCAACAGGCCGCAUCGUGGGCAGUGAAGAAGGCAAAAUCACAAUCGCCAAUCAUAAUGCAUAGCGUGAAGGCGACUCCAAUUCAGAAGCCUGUCCCACAGACAGCGGUGGCACCUCCAAGUCGGCCUGUUCCCCCGGUGCCGAGUGCUGGAGCUCCGGGCAGCGGAGCUCCCAGUGUCGUUGGCGGAGUUGUCCCAGCGGAAGGCAGAGCUGUCCCAGCAGCUUCCGCUGCUUCAGGGGGCUACGGCACCCCACCUCCAUAUCCGUGUGCACCGCCUGCUUAUCCACGUCGGGGCUGUACCGGCAUUAGCGUUGCUGACCAGCAACCCCCCUAUAUCAGCAGUACCCCACCUCCUUUGCCUCCGCCAAGAACCGUUUCGCCCCCAUUACCUCCGCCACCGGGCAGCAGUUCAGUUAGUCCUGCUCCUGGCAUUUCCGCACCCCAACACCAUUCGCUAUUAGUUGGCUCGUCCGGUGGAGUUACAACGACAAUCAGCGGAGUCACCAUCACGGCACGAGGCGGCUGCAAUAACGACAGCGGUGCUCCGGUAAUCCACAACAGCCAUCACUGCGUGGUGCCAACACAAGCUCCGUCGCCCUCACCCUCCGCUGCCGGAUCGAUUGCGUCGCUCUCGUCGUCACUCGCUUCAUCGUCGAUUCCGACGAGCGAACCGCCCAGCUAUGCGUCGUCAGUAGCGGCGCUGGCAGCGGCCGCCAGUGCCGUGGGUCACAAAGCGUCGACGCCAUCAUCAAUCAUCACCGUAGGCCAUCCCCAUUCGCAUCAGCCCCCUCCAACUCCUUCGCACCAACAGCAGCAGCUCUCCCAGGCGAUCCCGCCACCACUCCGUGGACUCUCCUCUGACCUGGUUACGACCGUAUCCAGCAUGUGCCAGAGUCAAGUGUCUGCUCUGCAAGGAACGAAUCACAGCCAAGAUAACACGAAUGUGGACAGCUCCAGCUCUCGGUCCGAGAGCCCCGUGACGGACUCGUGUUCGUUCUUGGUCGCGGGAGCUCCGCCGGGUAUGGCUCCAUCCGUGGGAUGUCCGCUACCAGGAGUUGGCGGAGUGCCCUAUCCGGCUCCUGGGGCCGAAAUCGGCGUCGGCUCGUCGUCGAAGGACGCUGAGAGCGGCGGUUCCGAGGAGCCGAUUCGACAUCAGUCGCCCAUUCCGCCGCGGAAAAAAUGGUCGAUAGAACGCGACGACACCAAAGUACGCAACUACAGUCCCGACGCAUACAAGUUCUUUAUGGAGCAGCAUGUCGAGAACGUGAUGAAGAACCACCACCAGCGGCAGCAGAGGCGGCAACAACUCGAGACGGAAAUGGCCAAGGUGGGCUUGUCGUCCGAGGCUCAAAUGCAGAUGCGUAGGAUGUUACAUCAGAAGGAAUCGAACUACAUUCGGUUGCGACGUGCGAAAAUGGAGAUUAGCAUGUUCCACAAAAUAGCAAUCAUCGGUAUGGGCGCAUUCGGCGAAGUGGCCCUCGUUAAGAAGGUCGACACCCAGCAGUUAUAUGCAAUGAAGACUCUACGCAAAGAAGACGUUCUCAAGCGAAAUCAGGUGGCGCACGUCAAGGCCGAACGUGAUAUUUUGGCUGAAGCAGAUAAUGAAUGGGUGGUAAAGCUAUAUUACAGCUUCCAGGAUCAGAACAGUCUCUAUUUUGUCAUGGACUACAUUGCUGGGGGCGACAUGAUGACACUGCUAAUUAAGUUUGGCGUGUUUGAGGAGUCCUUGGCACGGUUUUACAUCGCCGAAUUGACGUGCGCGUUAGAAAGUGUUCAUAAACUCGGAUUCAUUCACCGCGAUAUCAAACCCGACAACAUUCUGAUCGAUCGAGACGGGCAUAUCAAACUGACGGAUUUCGGUCUCUGCACUGGCUUUCGGUGGACACACAAUUCCAAGUACUAUCAGCGGGGAGGUGACCACGCUCGCCAAGACUCAAUGGACUUCAACGCGUGCGAAGAAGAGGAUUGUUCGUGCAAGAAACCCCUAGAACGCCGCCGUCGAAAAGACCAGCAGCGGAGUCUUGCCCGAAGUCUCGUCGGUACUCCGAAUUAUAUUGCGCCUGAAGUACUGCUGAGACAAGGGUACGGCCAGGCGUGUGACUGGUGGAGUGUGGGAGUCAUUCUUUACGAGAUGUUGAUAGGUCAGGCGCCGUUCCACGCAUCGAAGCCAGCCGAAACGCAAUACAAAGUGAUCCACUGGGAGACCCAUCUAACGUUUCCACCGGUACCCCAGCUGAGUCCCGAGGCAAAUAGCCUCAUUCGAGCAUUAUGUACCAGUCAGGAGAAGCGACUUGGUGUGAAGGGCGCAUACGAGAUUAAGGCUCAUCCUUUCUUUAGCGGCAUCGAUUUCGAAGGUGGAGUAAGAAAAACUACUGCACCAUACAUUCCGCAGAUUCGUUAUCCGGCGGAUACGUCGAACUUUGACAAAUAUGAAAUGCCGUUAAGCGGGAUGGAUGACGCUACCAAAGGUCUGAACGGGAUGCCACCAGAACGUGACGGCGAUCAUGCCUUCCUCGAGUUCACAUUUCGACGUUUCUUUGAUGAUGGCGGCCAGGCUUACCCAUUGCGGUUUGCCGAACAAAUUCAAGAAGAACAGGAAACUCCGCAAGUGGAUGCCAAAGGCAACCCUGUCUAUGUAUAGCAUUUAGCUCCCGUUGUCGAUUUGAUCUAUCGUUUUACCUGUAAGGGAUGAGGUUGGCAAGCUGUCACCUAUGGUGUGGCGAAUAUUCCAGGCGGCACCUGAACAUGAACAGAUUUUAUAUAAAUAUAGUUGGUUAUAUCAUAGGCGUUAACAGCAGCAUAUAGAGAGAUUAACGCUCGAGUGGAAUCGUACUUCGAUAGGUUACCGGACAUAUUCGAUAGGCGUGAUGACCGAUAAGAGUGACUCCAGAAAACUAUAAUUAUUGUCGUCUCACGCCUUAUAAACAGAUCGCACAAAAAUGUCGUCAGGGCCACGUCGAAGUUCCCCCCGGUGUAUAUUAUAUGGUCAUGUGAGUGGUCUAGCUACCGUAACCCGUUGAGAAACGAUCAGGGAGUUUAUGUCGAAAGUGGUUCUAUGCUAUAUAGAAGGCAUUGACGGUGAGUCAAUAGCACGGGUUACCACUGUAAGUGACGGGGGAACAUUUAAGAGGUACGGCGCUCGUCGGAUGACACGUAUCACGGACGUGAAUAAUCUCGUUUGCUUUGCUUAGGCACUCAAUUCAGAUUUAGUAAUAUUUCGUUAUUUUUCGUAGUUAGGCAUUUAGUUGUACAGAAGGUAUUUAAUUUGGAGAGAGAGAGAGGGAGAGAGGGGGGAGAGAAACAAACACACACCCACCCCACACACUCACAUAUACACACACAC